AGCUGUCUCCACCUCACAACGAGACCACAGCAGCACUAGCGCAAACUCAAUAUCUGCACUAACUCACGCGGAAGCAAAAAAAAGAAGUCAUCGCCAUCUCGGACAGACGCGGACUUGUGCGGAGAGAGGACCCACUGAGGAGUCGAAUAGAUCCGUCGCCUCCCUGCGACCUUCAAUAACAUCAAUCUACACCAAAAUGGUUUCCACCAAACCGAUAGAGUCGCACGAAAUGACCCCCACGCAAUCUGAAGAAUCCGCGCCCACCGCCGUGCCGCACUCGCGCUUGGAAGAGUACGAGCGCGACUCGAACAGCCGGCCGCCCUACAUCCUCACCCGCACCGAGCUCAAGCUUCUCGGGAUUGCCGGCGUCGGCUUUUUCCUGGACGCCUACGACCUCUUCAUCAUCAACCCGGUCUCGACCAUGCUCCAGUUUCGGCUCUACGGAGGCGAAGCGAUCCCCGCCGGCCUCCAAGGUGUGCUCAAAGCCUCGGCCAACAUCGGCUCCGUCAUCGGCCAAUUCGCGUUCGGCUACCUCGCCGACGCGCUCGGACGCAAAGCCAUCUACGGCAAAGAGCUGAUGCUGAUCAUCUUCGCGACGAUCAUGUCGCUCACCGUGCCCACGGGCCAGAUCUCGGCGAACGCCAGCAUCGUCUAUCUCACCAUCUUCCGUAUCAUACUCGGCAUCGGCGUAGGAGGGGACUACCCCAUGUCCGCCUCCGUCACGUCCGACCGCGCCAACCUUCGCAAGAGGGGCACGAUGCUCGCGUACAUCUUCGCGAACCAGGGCUGGGGCUCGCUCGUCGGCUCGAUCGUGACGAUGGUCGUGCUCGCGUGCUACAAGCACGCCAUGGACGGCGAGGGCGAGACGUCCAAGGUCGACGGCGUGUGGCGCAUCAUCGUCGGCGUCUCGCUCAUCCCCGCGUUCGGCACGCUCUAUCAGCGCCUGACGCUGCCGGAGUCGACGCGGUAUCAGCGCGCGCAGCGGGACGCGGAGGCGAGCGACGACGAUAUCGCGGAGCUGAAGAAGAAGAACGCGGAGGACGUGAGCGUCCGGGAGAAGCCCGCGCCCCCAUCGCCGUCGUCAAACGCACCGGAGCACAAGGAGCCCGCGAAGCCGAAGAAGGCGCAUCUCAUGGAGUUCAUCGAGUACAUGAGCGAGUGGCGGCACGCGAAGGUGCUCAUCGGGACGUGCACCUGUUGGUUCCUGCUCGACAUUGCGUUUUACGGCAUCAACCUGAACCAGAACGUGGUGCUGCAGCAGAUCGGGUUCGCGGGCAAGACGGGCACGCCCUGGCACAAGCUGUUCAAGAUCGCGACGGGGAACCUGAUCGUGACCGCGCUCGGGUUCGUGCCCGGGUACUACUUUACGGUGUUCUUCGUCGAGAAGCUGGGGAGGAAGAAGAUCCAGUUGGGCGGGUUCUUGCUCGAGGCGUUCUUCCUCGCCAUCCUCGCCGGCAAGUUCCACACGCUCGGCACGGCGAGCUUCGUGGUGCUCUUCGCGUUUUUGCAGUUCUUUUUCAACUUUGGGGCGAACGCGACGACGUAUAUGUACCCGGCGGAGGUGUUCCCGACCAAGUUCCGCGCGUUCGCGCACGGGAUGUCGGCCGCGAGCGGCAAGGCGGGCGCGAUCAUCUCCGCGCUCGCGUUCAACGCGCUCUCGGAGUCGGUCGGUACCCCCGUCGUGCUAUGGAUCUUCUUCGGGUGCUGCCUCGCGGGCGCGUGUUUCACGCUGUUGUUGCCGGAGGUGAUGGGGCGCGAUCCGGACGUGGUGUAUGAGGAGGAGAUGAGGGAGAAGCGGCGGGCGCACAGGCAGCAGUGAGUUCCCCGACGCGGUGUGGGUGGUCUCACGGUAGGAUGGUAUGAGGAGGAAGGAAGUCAAAAGAGUAACGGCAUGCAUCGUGCAAGUGCUGGCGAUAAACAACUCAAUCUCACCGUGUAUCAGUAUUCUUACAAGUCAAAAGCAAAUCGGACAGUGCUUUCGUAGAUAGAUAAUACCAUGUUCUGCUUUAUUAUUUGUAUGUUGGACGUGC